AUGGGCUUUUGGGAACAAAGACUGACGCUUUGGCUUCAGUUCAUAACGCUGAUUUUAUUCUUCGAUUGUUCUGCAGCGCAGAUAUCAUACUCUGUAUCCGAAGAGAUGGAUAAAGGCACUUUUGUGGGUAAUAUCGCAAAGGAUUUAAAUGUUAACCUUCAAGAACUGGGAUCGAGAGGACUUCGAGUAGUAUCCGGUCAGAGUAAGAGGUAUUUUGACGUGAAUUUGAAAACGGGUGCUCUCUUUGUCUGUGACAGGAUAGACAGAGAGGAGCUAUGUCCAAAUGUAGCCAAGUGCACUUUAAAUAUUGAGGCCAUACUGAACAAUCCGAUGCAGCUUCACAGAAUUGAAGUAAAGAUUAUAGACAUAAAUGAUAACGCACCGAAUUUUCUUGAAAAAUCACAUACAGUAAAUAUUACUGAGCUAUCUUUUGCUGGUGAGAAAUAUCCUUUACCAAUGGCAUACGAUGCAGAUGUAGGAAGUAACUCGGUACAGAGUUACAAGCUGAGUCCAAACGAACAUUUUUCUCUGGAUGUACAGGGCGGGGAAGAGCAGAGUGUUUCAGCUGAGUUAGUGCUACAGAAAGCUUUAGACCGAGAGAAACAGGCUGUUAUCCAGCUCACAUUGACCGCUGUAGACGGAGGAAGGCCUCCCAGAUCCGGAACAAUGCUGAUUACUAUUAAUGUAAUCGAUGUCAACGAUAACACUCCGUCUUUCAGUAGUUCACUUUAUAAGGUCCGGGUUCCUGAAAAUGCACCAUUAGGCACUACUGUUGUCAGACUAAAUGCCACAGAUCUCGAUGAGGGUGUGAAUGGUGAACUUGCAUUCUCCUUGUUACGUCGUGGAAAUGCCGUCUCUUCGGAUAUGUUUGUCAUAGACUCAUUUACUGGUGUAAUAACAGUGAAUGGUAAUUUGGAUUAUGAGGAAAAUAGUGCUUUUGAAAUCCGUGCACAAGUUAGAGACCAAGGACAUUCUCCUCGUAGCUCUCAUUGUAAAAUACUGGUGGAAGUUGUUGACGUAAACGACAACGCUCCAGAAAUCUCGGUGACAUCACUCAUGAGCCCAGUACAAGAGGACUCUGCUACUGGAACAGUGGUUGCUCUAGUCACUAUAACAGAUAAAGAUGAUGGUAAAAAUGGACUCGCAACUGUAGAGCUGUCUGGAUCCGUACCGUUUAAAUUAAAAUCCCCGUACAAAAAUUAUUAUUCAUUAGAGGUGAAAGGGCCUCUAGACAGAGAGAGUGUUUCUCAGUAUAACAUCACUAUCACAGCUACUGAUGAAGGGACACCGUCUCUCUCCAGUACCACAGUCAUUCAUGUGCAAAUUUCUGAUGUGAACGACAAUGCACCACGUUUUCUGGAGCCCGUCAUCAAUGUUUAUGUGAAAGAGAACGGUCAGGUUGGAGCUGUUAUUUCCACUGUAUCCUCUUUUGAUCCUGAUGCUGGGGAAAAUGCAAAGAUAACUUAUUCAAUAAUUAAUAGCUCCUCAAGAAACCCUUCAGUCACGACAUUUUUGAACAUUAAUCCAGACAGUGGAGAAAUACACACUCUCCAGUCUUUUAACUUUGAGGAAAUGAAAACGAUUGAGUUUAAGGUUCAGGCCACAGACUCUGGCGCUCCUCCACUGACCAGCAGCGUGACUGUGAACGUAUUUAUCCUGGAUGAAAAUGACAACAGUCCCACUAUUCUCCCUCCCUAUUCUGAACACGGCUCCGUUAACCCUGAGAAUAUCCCAUAUACUGCCGAGUCGGGCUACUUUGUGGCCAAGAUCAGGGCUAUAGACGCCGACUCAGGUUACAAUGCGCUGCUUUCCUUUCACAUCUCGGAGCCCAAAGGAAACAACCUUUUCCGAAUCGGAACCAGCAGCGGCGAAAUCAGGACUAAGAGGCGAAUGAGUGACAAUGACCUGAAAACUCAUCCUUUGGUGAUUUUGAUUUGUGAUAACGGAGACCCUUCACUUUCAGCAACUGUGUCAAUUGAAGUUGUGGUUGUUGAGAGCACGGAAGAAAUGCAGAUUCCAUUCAGACAUGUGCCCUCAAAGGAUGAAACUUUUUCUGAUUUAAAUCUGUACUUGCUGAUUGCCAUUGUGUCAGUUUCCACAAUCUUUUUAUUAACACUUAUUAGUGUCGUAGCUGUAAAAUGCCGCCGGAAAGAUGAUAGUUUUAGCAGGUACAGCGCACCGAUGGUCACCGCACACCCUGACGGAAGCUGGUCUUACUCCAAGUCUACUCAGCAGUAUGACGUGUGUUUUAGCUCUGACACACUUAAAAGUGACUUAAUGGUUUUCCCCGCACCAUUUCCGCUUGCUGAUGCUGAUCUGAUAAGUGUUAAUGGAGGGGACACUGUCAAUCGGACACAAACACUCCCUAAUAAAGAGAAGGUAAGAAUAUUUACCUGUUUUAUUCAUGCGACUUUUUGGGCGGAAUUCCGUCUUCUGUUCGGCACUGUCAUUUGUUUAACUCCGUGGCGUCCAUGA